GCCAACAUCUUUGUGAGCCUUUUGUGUAUUAGCUCAUUUCUAUUUUCUCUUCACACAUUUCUCCUUGUUCUUUUUUGUACUCGUUUUCCUUUCAUGUCUUUUUGUUGAACCACUUUCUCUCUGGCGAAGAGGAGGAGGAGGAGAUUCGCUGCACAGUAUCCCCAUAUUAAAAAAAAAUUGAAACAUCCAUCUCGGUUGAUUCGGUUGACAAAUUGAGCAAUCAAUCAGUAUGUUUCGCCGUAGGAAUAAUUCUCAUCAGGACCAGCCAGAGAAUGAUACCUUGCAUCGUGAGUCAAAGGUCAAGGAGUUUAAGGUUGCAAUUGGACCACUAUCUGGACGUAGCUUGCAGUACUGCACCGAUGCAUGUUUCAUGAGAUAUCUUGAAGCUCGGAACUGGAAUGUGGACAAAGCAAAGAAAAUGUUGGAAGAUUCACUGAAAUGGAGAUCAACCUAUAAACCUGAGGAAAUUCGUUGGGGUGAAGUUGCUGUUGAAGGUGAAACUGGAAAAUUGUUCAGAGCUAGUUUCCAUGACCGCCAUGGCAGGAGUGUUCUUAUAUUGAGACCAGGAUUACAAAACACAGCAUCAAUAGACAAUCAGAUGCGGCAUCUAGUCUAUCUCAUAGAGAAUGCAAUACUGAACCUUCCAGAGGGUCAAGAACAAAUGUCAUGGUUGAUAGACUUCACAGGGUGGUCUCUAAGUAACAGUGUUCCCGUCAAAACAGCUCGAGAAACUAUCCAUAUAUUACAAAGCCACUACCCUGAGAGGCUAGCUUUAGCAUUUCUUUACAACCCCCCACGCAUUUUUGAAGCAUUUUGGAAGGUUGUCAAGUACUUUUUGGAUCCAAAAACAUUUCAGAAGGUGAAAUUUGUGUAUCCCAAGAAUAAAGAAAGCGUUGAUCUCAUGAGCUCAUAUUUUGAUGAGGAAAAUCUCCCGACUGAUUUCGGAGGGAAAGCUACACUCAACUAUGAUCAUGAAGAGUUCUCCAAAAUGAUGGUUCAAGAUGAUGCAAAAUCUGCAACUUUGUGGGGAUUUGAUGACAAACUCCAACUUGUUAGUAAGGGGCAUGCUGGAGCUGAGGUGGUGCCUGAGCCAGUCUGUGUUGCACCAUCCGCCAGCUGAGCUGCCAUCAAUGCAGUGAACUAUAGACACAGUGAAUCAGAGAACAGGUAAAAGGAUCACUUGCUUAUGAGACAGGAUGGAAAAUGUUGUCUCUUUUUCCUUCCGCUUUUAACACAGACGCUAAAUUGGUACGACGAAAUAAAGCAUAAGAUAAUGGUUCUCGUUCUGUUGUUAUCCCUAAAUUUGCAGCUGAGCUUUAGCACAUUGUAGUUAAAUUUUCGAAAUCAGCCAUGCUUAGUUUUCUUUCUGGUACAACGAAAUAAAGCAUAAGAUAAUUGCAGCGCAAGAGCUACAGUUUUCUUUUUUUUC